AAGUGGCACUGUGAUCCACCCGUAUAUAUACCGAAAUACACAGUUAGAUCAACAUUGUCUUGUGCCUUCACCGACAUUUCAGUACCAUGAAAUCCUUUAUUGUCUUAUCCCUCCUGGCUGUCGCCCUCGCAGCUCCCCAAGGACAGGAGCCCAUCCCGAUCCUGCGCCAGGAUAGCAACCAGAACCCAGAUGGCUCCUUCCAGUACUCCUUCGAAACCGGAAACGGAAUAUCGGCUGAUGCGAACGGUCAGCUGAGAAACAUCGGAGCGGAGGAGCCAGCUCUCCAAAUCCAGGGACAGGUGCAGUACCCAAGCGACGAUGGAAGCACCAUCCAAUUGACCUACGUCGCCGACGAGAACGGAUACCAGCCUCAGGGUGCGCAUCUCCCCACACCACCACCAAUCCCAGCAGAUAUUCAGCGCGCUUUGGCCUACCUUGCCACCGCACCACCUCAACCACAACAAUAAGUAACUAAACUUGGAGUUAGCCAAUCACAAGCGAGUAAGCAUUACGCCACAGAUUAGCAUCAAUCGUAAUGGUUAUUUGUUUGAAGGCAUAACGAAAGCUAUAGUUUAAUAUUGUCAGCAAAAGAUUGAGGCUCCGGAAGGCUAUAUUCGAGCUACAGUGAUAUUAUUUUAAAUACUUUUGUAUAUAAUUUUAUACUUAACUUAAAUAAUUUCUAGAAAA